GGUGCUUGAUCCGUGCUGGAUCCCUGCCGUGAUGCCUUGAUCACGAGUCAGAUCAUGACAUCCAGGCAAAGAUUUUUGUUUUGCCAAUGGUUUUGCCAUGCCAUGACCUGAUCGCUUUAAUUUAAUGGCUCUCAAACCUCCAUAGUCACAGAACCUUAAUCGAGGUGUCAAAAUGGCUGCAAGUGAUGAAGACUCUUUGGAAAGAUCUUUCAAUUCAAGCUUUCGCAGUAGUGGGAGAAGAACCCUUCGUUCUGCUCGCUCUGUAUCUUCAUUAAAUUCUCAUGUACCUCAGGUUGAUUCUUCGAUCUUAGAGACUGUUACUCUAGAGCAACGAGACAAGUUCACGCUCUACAAAGUCGUUGUAAACAAUGGUGACACGAACUGGGUUGUAUAUAGAAGAUAUGGUGACUUUAUGCUCUUGAAUAAGAAGCUAAGGAAAGCAUUUCCACACUUCCGGCUUACUCUUCCUGGAAAGCGUUUUUUCAGAGACAACUUCAACAAAGAAUUUAUUGAUAGACGACAGCAAGGGCUUGAGGAGUUUAUGUGGAAUGUUCUGAGCCACAGAGAUCUUGUGCAGUGUAAUGACGUUCAGAGGUUCUUUAGGCUUAAUAAUCCUCCACAACCAAAUGAAUGUUUGGAGUCAUGCCAAUCAUAUGCCCAAUCAUUAGAGGUUGCUCUAGCCAAUCUAAGAUAUAAACUAAGAGAUCAAAAUGCUGAAUUGACUGCUCUAAAGACUGAAAUAGCCCAAACAAAAUACCAAAAAAAUAAUGUUGAAUCUAUGUCAGAGAAUGACCAAAGGUAUCGCAAUAUGGUAGACAAUGCUACAAAGGCACUCAAAGAGCAGCUACACAUAGCUCAGGAAAAUGAAAGGAGAGCAAAAGAUGAGCUACAACAGCUGAGAGAAGAAAUCAAAGCAGAAAGAGCAUCAGUACAUGCAGCAAGAUACAUCGACAGGCAAGAGAGAGAGUCAAGAUUGAGGAAUGACAUGAUGAACUUUCACCAAGCACAGCAACAAGUGGAUARCAAUAUCAAUGAACUAACUAAUGCUGCUAGUCAUUUACCUCCUGUAAAAAUAGAAACAGGGGGUAAAACCUAUGAGGUGAAGGUAGAUGAUGAUAUCUCAAAGCAGGUCUUGGCUCUAAAAAAGGCCCUUGAUGAAUCAAGACAUGAAAUUCAAAAUAUGCACAGAAAUGCUUUAGAAAUGUACAGACAGGAAGCAGAARAUCUUAAAGCUGACCUUCAACGAGAAGCAUAUCAAAAUCAGGAAAGGACUAAGCAAGUAAAUGAACUUCGUUCACAAUUUGAGCAACUACAAUUGGAAUAUCGUGCAGCACGUAUGAAACAUGAUGAAAAUAUAAACGAUAUUCAAAGACAAUCAGCUGAAAAUCAACGAUAUGCAAUAGCAAUAGAAGAGAAAUACUUUUACUCGUUGAUUAUUGGAGUCAAGCUGAACAUGGCGAUACGAGGCACUCGAAUUCUACACAUCAAUCGACUAAACCCAAUGACUUUAUUUGAGAGAGUUAGGAAUYAUGGAAUAGCAAUCGAGCAUUGGCCGAGCUGGAUAUCGCGUGAACUGGCAACAGCGUCAACGUUUGGAGAGGACACACAAUCUAUGACUUAACCCGAGAAUUUGAGUACGGUACGGGAGGGUAAAUUCACGAUUCAUACAUUUUCUGUAGAAUAUAAAGAGUUAUUUAUCAAUCAAUUUAUAAUGUAGUAUCUUAUAAUGAAUUUUAACCCUCCUUAAAAUAGGCAGCGCGUUGAAUCAAUAUGCCGCAUUGUUGCUGGUUUUUUGACGUUAAAAUAAAUAUGAAAAUCAAUGUAACUUUUUAUCAUUAUCAGCCUGUGAACGGUAAAUCAUACAGACUGUUGGUGAUGCUAAUUGUAAAAAAGGAAAGGUCCCGUGUUUUAUGAAGAGUACAGUGCUACAAAUAGGCCAUUCCUGGCAUUUUAUCUUGUUUGGAGGCUCUGCUUUUCAUGAAUCUAAUAAUGAUUGUAGGUAGAAAAUAUAAUUGUAGGAAUAAAAUGCGCGCGCUAUAAUCCUUUGACAAGUCGAGGGGUUGUGCCAUUGUAACAACUUGCUUCGUGUUUAUCAAGAAUUAUAUUGAUAAAGAAAUUAUCUCUUUUUAAAAUUGUCAAGAGAAUUAGGACCAAGUCGAUGGGUAUUUAUUCAGAUCUCAAACAAUCUCGUGUGGGAGAAGCUUUUAUUAGAGUGGUUUUCUUAUGUCYAUGAAAAACUCACAGUAAACGGUUCUGCGCAGUUUUAUUGGCCAACCAAUAAUUUGGCGCGCUGUCAUUGGUUCAAAAAGUAUCGCCAAUUCCGUGCCGUGCCGUGCAUUUUUAACUCUAUUAAAUUACAGCGCACGGCACGCCUUUACUAUGCGUUUUUCAGUCAUAUCGAAAACUGCGCACAUUUCAUUCGUGUUUCUUUAUUUKACUGGGCAACAAGCUAGUUCGGCCUCACAGAGAAUUAUCGUUCUUAAUUCAAAUCAUUUGUAUAUAACGCWUCAAUUAUAAGAAUUACGAUAUUUUUAGUGUAUUAUAAUUUUGUUGUUAAUCAAAAUUUCAAUUAAAAAUAAAAUUGACGCUACAUGAGUCGAUCAUUUUGUUCAAAACAGAAACCCUAACUUUGAAGAAAUAAAUCAAAGUGAUCCAACAUUUCGACUACGAAUCGUGGAAGUAGCAGUUUUUCUAACAGUUUUGUCGUGUUUAUCGAGGCAUAUACUAUAAAAUUGGUAUGCCCAGUUUAGACAUAAUUGUCUAGAACAUUUUGGUGCAAGAGCAAACACAACCCGUCUAUCUGCGCAAAUACAACGUCGUGUUAGGGCUUGUGAGAUCAAAAUACUCUGAGAAAAAUGAUCCUUGUCAAUACUUAAUUAAAUUUUUAAGUUGAGAAUUUAGUCACAUUACAAAACCAAAA